AUGAAGCCGGUGACAGUCCUCAUGCUGGUCGCCUUCCCCCUUUACUGCUAUGCAGGUUCUGGCUGUUCCUUUCUCGAGGAAGUGAUUGCAAAAGCAGCCAAUGCCAGUGUGUCCACGACUGAAUACAGAGCAUCUCUUGAAGAGUUCAUAAACGAUGAAAACACUGCAAAUGCUGUAGACAAAUUAAAGCAAUGUUUUCUCAAUCAGUCAGUUGAAACUCUGAGCAAUUUCAAUGUGAUGAUGGUAAUUUCGGCUUUUUCUGGUGCUUUUAGAACCAUGGGACAGGGACAAGCAGGUUCUAAGUCUGUCACUGAUUAUGCCAAAGCAAGUGAUGAAUGUGCCUUAUUUCAGUUUAUUUCAUUGUGUGGUGAGUCCAAUGACUUUGACAUCCAAGGCUGCAGUGCUGAAAUCUUUAGUGAAUGA